AUGCUUCAUGAGAUCCUCUUGUCCUUAUCCGGCCUCCAGUCACCAAUCUGGACGCAGGGGCGCUCCGCAGCAGGAGCCGGCGACGAAAAGACAUUCGAUCAAUAUGUCUCACCCCCAGAACGAGCGAUGCUAGCGACCCUAGCUCAUUUGCACGAUUUACACGGCCAGAUCAAGGGAGCAACAUCACGGCUGUCCACCACGCACCGGUCGAUGGUCUGUCGAGCAGUCAGUUCCUCAAUAGCAGACGUCCAUUUGGGUAAAUAUGUGGAUAAGAUCAUAGAGGUGGAGUCACGCAUACUACAAAAGGACGCCGCUUAUGUUGGAGCCUAUGAAGUCGUCCCUUUGAGUACCCUCGUGGCUGAGUUUGCGCCAUGGACGAGACGAUUGGAGUGGCUAUGGUCGGUCGUCCUGCAACUGGACCCCCAAUCCAAGCAGAAUAUGAAGAGCCGUCCACCUUCUGGAGCCAGCAUUCUGGAUUGGCUCGAGAACGAGACACAUACUGGAUACUCUGAUAUUGAAGACAUGGCCAUUGCGCUCUUGACCGUUGCCCAGAAAGCGUGGAUGAGAGCUGCGUCGCUAUGGGUGCUUUAUGGGAGAUUGCCAACCUCUGGGGCCGAGGAUUUCUGCGUCAGACCCAAUCCAAAGCCAUCAUCGGUGAUGGAUUCAUUCCUGAUCGACCAUACAUUGACGCCGAAAUUCUUGAAUCCCGGAACAAGCAGUGCUUUACUCUCCGCUGGCUGUGCUUUGAGCCAAUUAUAUUCGCAAACAGCGUCAUUUGGACCAUUACUGAACGUGUCAAGUGAUGCAUCCUUGUCUUUGCUCCCAACACAUUUGGCAUUGCUCGAGUCUUUACACUACCCGUUGAAUCCAUCGCUGCUGGAGAGCACAAUAUCUUCCAUCAACCAGUCUAUAUCCGAACAUGCUCUAUCUCAAAUCCUGCCUCGACCACUUGUUAUGCAGCUGCUGCAAGUCGUCUUGCGCUACAUGCUCCUCAAUCAAGGUGAAUUCGCGGUGUCGUUGAUUAAGCACGCAGACGAUCGGAUAGCCAACCAUCGACAAACACUCAACACUGUUCGACCAGUCAGGAAGAUUGGAAGACUCGAUGAACUUGCAAUCAAGGAGGCAGAGCUGAAGAGCGUACUGAAUAAGACCUUGGCAGAAUUGUCAGCUUUACAGGCCGACGACGACAUUGAAGACGACACUCUCAACCUAGCGAAGAAAUUACUGUCUCUUCGGGCUGUCGAUGAGAGAAACGAGCUUGGUCGAGGUCUGGUGUCGACGCUGCUCCCUACACCGACCCUUCUGUACUUGACAAUCCCCACGUCCUCACCAUUGCAUAUUUUCCUGUCUUCGAGCGAUGUGCAAAGUUAUGCAUUCAUCAACGCAUAUCUGAUCUCUAUCCAUAGAGCAGGGCUGCACCUUUCUUCCCUCUGGAAGCUGUCAUCGCAUCGCAGGUGCUACCCUUCUCCAAUGGGACCUCCUACGAGCGCUUCACGGUCUGGACGAGAAAGACUGGCAGCUCGGCGAGCUCGAGACGCUCGGAGAUCGACAAGAACCAGGGCAUAUUGGACAACUGCCAGCAGAUCUCUGUUUAUGAUCAAUGAGCUCCAGGCAUUUCUGCAGGGCGAGGUGAUUCAGAGCAGUUGGAUGCACUUUUCAAAAUGGUUGGACGGCAACGAUGGACUGUAUCCGCUAUCAGCAAGGUCAUCCAGGCCUGGCACAGCCUCAUCAUCCGCACAGACAGGGAUGGCGGAAUUGUCGAGCGAUGGGGCGACGACGAUACCAACAGAUCCUCGGACCAUGGCAGAAGCCCAUCGCAGAUAUUUGCACGCCCUACACACGGCCUUGUUCCUCACGAAUGUUGCGUUUGUCGCCACAUUGAAAGAACUACUGAAUCAGGUGGACCACUUCAUCGCUCUUUUCUCCCGUCUGCAGACAGUGUGGGAAGGGCUUGACCUACAAGAGGAUGAAGGCGUGCUUGACGCUUUCUCUAACUAUGGACAAGACGAAAGAGAUGUUCUCGCCGAGAUGGAUCGGACGAGAGAAUCGAUAGAGAUUACGCUCUCGGAUUUGGUGAAGAAGAUUCGAGAUAUGGAGAAGGAAAAACGGACUGGGGUCGGAUUGAUGACAGGCAAUCUCCAGGACAGCAUGGAUGGAAUGCAAUUGAACGGGAACGGCAUAAAAUUCGUGCCGUGGCAGGCGAGAACGGUGGAUCGGUUAGUCAUGAAACUCGAUGGCCUUGUGAUGAAACAGGACGAAGAAAGAGAUCACACUGCAAAUGGUCUCGUUGACGCUUAUGAUGAAUGA